AUGAGGGGGCACGAUUGGAUAAAUUCAGUGUUACCAGAUGAGUUGAUCCUGGAGAUCUUCCGCAACCUCGAUUCGAAGUCGAGCCGGGAUGCGUGCUCUCUCGUCUGCCGGCGUUGGUUGACCCUCGAGCGCUUCAGCCGCGACACGAUCCGAAUCGGUGCCUCCGGUAGCCCUGAUGCACUCGUUGACCUUCUCGCUCGUCGUUUUCCUAAUGUCACCAACGUUUACAUCGACGAACGCCUCUCUGUCUCUCUCCCCGUCGAUUUCGGAAGAAGGCGCAAUCCUAGUCACUCGGCUCUUUCAUGGCUCAGGCUUCAUUUUGUAUCUGAGAGAAGUGAGCCUGGAGGCCUCAGAUCUGUAGCUGAGAAGUGUAGAUUUUUAAAAUCUUUAGAUUUACAGGGUUGCUAUGUUGGAGAUCAAGGUCUGGUGGCUAUUGGCAAGUGUUGCAGACAACUAGAAAUUCUAAAUUUAAGAUUUUGUGAAGGUUUAACAGACACUGGUUUGGUUGAGUUAGCCUUAGGAUGUGGGAAUACUCUGAAAUGGCUUGGUGUUGCUGCAUGUGCUAAAAUAACAGACAUUUCAUUAGAAGCUGUUGGAUCUCAUUGCAGUUCCCUUGAGACAUUAUCUUUAGACUCUGAGUUUGUUCACAACAAAGGAGUCCUUGCUGUUGCAAAAGGGUGUUCUCUUUUGAAGAAUCUGAGUCUUCAAUGCAUUAAUGUCACAGAUGAGGCUUUAACUGCUGUUGGUGUCUUUUGUUUGUCACUGGAGUCUUUGGCUCUCUACAGUUUCCAGAGAUUUACUGAUAAGAGUCUUUGUGCCAUUGGGAAAGGAUGUAAAAAGUUAAAGAGUCUGAUGCUUAGUGAUUGCUAUUUCCUGAGUGACAAGGGAUUAGAAGCAGUUGCAGCUGGUUGCCUUGAGCUUGCACAUCUUGAAGUUAAUGGUUGCCACAAUAUUGGCACAUAUGGACUUGAAAGCAUUGGAAGAUCUUGCAUGCGUCUUACAGAGUUAGCUUUGCUAUAUUGUCAAAAAGUAGGAGAUGAAGCCUUAUCUGAGGUUGGAAAAGGAUGCAAGGUAAGGUAUGCGAGGGUCCGAAGUAGUUGGCAAGAAAGUUCCGGAGGCGCUGGGCAGGUUACGAAGCAAAAAGUACUUUCCGGAGGGCUGUUCUUGGAUUCCGAAGUCAAGCGCGUGUUUGGGCUGGUUCGGACCGAGGAUGCGAGAUUAGCUAGACUUCCGAAGCAUUGCGAGGUAAAGAGUUACGGAGAUGAGAAGGUUCUGAAGCAAGGUCCUUCCGGAUGA